CUUUCUUUAUUUCUUCCAUCUGGUUUUAUUUCGCUCAUAUUUACGCGCAGUUUUGUUUUGGCGGAUUUUUUUUCCUCCGUUUUGGAGACUUCCCACCGCCGCGUUCCGGCUCGGUUCUGCUGCUUCUGACCCAUCUUUUCACUGCACCAUCACCGCUUUUAUUUGUGCCUGUUUGAUUUCAGCUGUCAUUGAUUGUCCCUCUCUGGGGAGGGCGAAAUUCUCCAUCGGAUCAGCCGAGCACCGGACCGGACCCAGCACCAGUCCAUGAAGAGGACUUGGACCGGGUCUUCAUCUGAAAUAGUUUGCUGAAGCGUCGAGAGGAACUCCUGAAGGCUCAGGAUGAAUUAAAGCAGCAUGCAGCCAGUGUGGAGAUAAACCCCCCCCUUUUUAUUUGAUUUUAUUCCAUUUUUUUUAUUUGCACAUUUUCACGCAUGGGACGAGCGGCCUCACCUGUCCGCGCACCUUUUGACCGCGCGCCCGUCACUUGGCACUAACCGGAUUACUCUGAUCUCAAGCGCACUUUCUGCAGGUGUUUGCCCCCACCCCCCUCCUAAAAGCUAUGUCCAGGCCUCUCACGCAGCUACUUCCGCCGGAUAUUCCCGCGGGGGCCACGAGCCCGCAGUUUGGGGCCAGCAGCCCGGCUGGAAGUGUCCCUCAGGGGGGGCAACUGACCACCAUGACCAACCUGAAGUCCCUGCUCCAGGUGCCAAUCAAGGCCGACCAGAGAUCCCCCAAGGACUGUUGCGAGACUAAGGACAAAGAUAAGCCCCUGGAAUCUGAUGAAGACUCGAUGGGCAUUAAUGCCGGAGGGCCCGGCGGGGUUGGAGGAACCCCAGGCUCGGGCCCACUGCGCCCCAACUCCCAGUCGGCAUUUCUGGGCCCUCUGCUGUGGGAGCGGACCCUGCCGUGCGACGGAGGCCUGUUCCAGCUGCAGUACAUGGACCUGGAGGAGUUCCUGACAGAGAACGGGAUGGGGAUGCAGAACGGACCCAGCUCCACCAGCGCUCAAAUCCCCUCUCAGAGCUCCCAGUCUGCCAUCCCCAACCAGAGCUCCCAGUGUCCUCCCACGUCUCCUCCACCCUGUUCCUCCUCUUCCUCCUCCAUGUCGUCCUCCUCGUCGUCCUCCUCGCUUCUCGGACUGGAGACCGUCCAGCAGCAAGCGCCGCAACCUCAACAGCAGCAAAGCAUGAUGGGAGGACCAGAGUGUCUACACGGUGGGCAGGCGGUGCCUCAGGACCACUCACCCCCCUCCACCUGCCCUCCAGGGCCCCCUGGACCUCCGGCUGCAGCUAACGGCAGCAGUGACAUCAUGGUGAACUUUGACCCCGACCCGGCAGACCUGGCAUUGUCCAGCGUCCCAGGCCAGGAGGCCUUCGACCCACGGCGGCAUCGUUUCUCAGACGAGGAGCUGAAGCCUCAGCCGAUGAUCAAGAAGGCGCGCAAGAUGCUGGUUCCUGAUGAGCAGAAGGACGACAAGUAUUGGAGCCGGCGGUUAAAGAACAACGAGGCGGCCAAGCGCUCGCGGGAUGCUCGGCGGCUGAAGGAGAACCAGAUCUCGGUGCGUGCCGCCUUCCUGGAACGGGAGAACGCCACCCUGCGCCAGGAGGUGGCCGACAUGCGGAAAGAGCUGGGCCGCUGCAGGAACAUCAUCAACAAGUACGAGAGUCGGCACGGAGACUUGUGAAGCAGAGGAGGCGGGAAACUGGAGGGGAAGGUUGAGAUAAGGGUACAAUCUAACAGCAGCACUUUAGUUGAAGUGGCGAGGGAGGACAGCUGGAGUAGAUCUGCAGUAAGCGCUGCGUGACACCGGGCGCAAACACAACGCCAACGAGUGGGUUUUAGUGCUCGACAUGAACUUCAGGAAGUCACGACAGAAUGGACCAGCCACACCGUUCUUUUCCAGUUUGACACUUUGGCCACGCCGCUUCACGUGAAAAUCGACGCGACGCACCUCGGCAGCUUCCGUCCCUUCCGCCGCCGCGCUUGCGCCCGGUGUCGCGCUGCGUUUUUUGCAGGUAGUGCAUUCCGGCCGCUGCUCCUGCCGGUUCAAACAGGGUGUGGGACUCACAAAACUGCCAGUGAAAUCGUACUUUUACAGGCCUGAGGCUCGUGGACACAAGCCGGGAAAGGUCAGAUGACUAGUUUUGUUUUUGUUUUCUAUAACCAGAAGAAAAAAAACGUGUAUAUUUUUGAACUGGGCAGGAAGCCAAGACCAGUCCAGCAAAAAGGAGGAGAAGGAAAAAGGUGCAGGGUUAUCGUUCAUAAUGCAGAGAUUUUGACAAAUGAUUAUUGUAUAUUUUUCUAUUAGCAGAGUUAAUACGGAGGAUUUUGGAGAUAAUCUUUUGUAUAUUUUCUAUAUGGGGAGGGGCGGGGCUGUUAGCUGGACAGUCAGGGGGGCCACGUAUAGAGAUUUUCCUCUUAGCCGUUUAUUGCUUAACAACAAAUGAUCUAUUUUCAACGUUGCGGAGCCGGUUCGUCAGAGGCAGAAGUGAAACAGAGAAUGUAUCAAGGUUGAAUCAGGUAUUUCACUCAGCGUGAGACAAGGUGAGCUGUUUCAGCAACAAUAGCUUUCCGUGUUGAAGGGGAACGAUGGAGCGGUAAGAGGAAGAAACAACAACAACAAAAAAAAACAUGUAUAGUUUAAAAACGUUUGUGUUCGUUUUUCCUUGUGAGCUCAUUUUGAGCACUUGAGUUCUUCUCUCUUGAAAUCUGUGUCCGACUUUAAAUAAUCACAGGGCUUUUUUUUUAUUUUAUUUUGAAGGUGAAACAGAAAAUAAAACAGGAAGUGAUUAGCCAUCGAAACACCUGGAUUUAAACAGGCGCUUUUGGGAAUAAAAGAAAAGCAGGAAUUUUUUUAAUUUUUCUGGCAGGUUUGCAUUUAUUUUGGUGAAUUGCUCGUGCGUACUUUCUAUUUACUCCUCAAUGGUGUCCAGGAAGGACAAAUAAACUGCAGCACUAGGUGGUUGAGGGUCGAUGCGCCCACACUGAACAGAGACUGAACCGUCAGCAUGCACACUAAGACAAGCACAGUCCUCGCCCUGGUUUUAAUCCUUAUUGUUGUUGGUGGUGUUGUUACGGACUUCUAUGGUGCUGAUCUGAUCCUCUACCUGACAAAUACACACAAAUACACACAUAUGCAAACACUUUACUCAACUGCCUAUACCUUUUGUCUUUUAUUCAACUUUUUGUUGCAACUUGUAUUUAUUUAUCAUAUAUAGAUUAACACACAAACACUUAGUUUAUACCUCCCUUCAAACUUUACCUGACGAGAGAGAAAUGCACCCUACCGCUACUGUACCAUACAACUGUAUUAUUAAAUAUUAAAGUAUUCUUUCACUAGAUAUAUGUAUGUGUAUACGAUAUAUGCUUGAAUUAUGUGAUAAUGGUUGUAAAUUACAUAAAUGGAUAUAUUACAGAAAGAAAACGUUGGAAUAAUUUUAUCGGUUUUCUCUCAGGUGUGUUUGUUGCAUAACAAUUAA